AUGGGCUGCAAUUUGUGCACUUUUCAGAAAAGAGAGGAACACUACAAACUGCUGUAUGAAGUUUCCCAGGUCAAUGGGAAGGAUCUCUCAAAGGCCACCCAUGAAGAGGCAGUGGAAGCUUUUCGAAAUGCCAAGGAACCCAUUGUGGUCCAGGUGCUAAGACGGACGCCUCUCAGUAAACCCGCGUAUGGAACGGCCCCGGAAGUGCAGCUCAUGGACGCCAGCACUCAGACAGACAUCACCUUUGAACACAUCAUGGCUCUGGCCAAACUUAGACCACCUACCCCUCCAGUGCCAGACAUCUGUCCAUUUCUGCUCUCAGACAGCUGCCAUUCUCUUCAUCCGAUGGAGCAUGAAUUUUAUGAGGACAAUGAGUAUCUUUCCAGCUUGCCUGCUGAUGCAGACAGAGCAGAGGACUUUGAAUAUGAGGAGGUCGAGCUGUGUCGUGUUAGCAGUCAAGAGAAGCUGGGCCUGACAGUCUGCUACCGAACGGAUGAUGAAGAAGACACGGGCAUUUAUGUCAGCGAGGUAGAUCCAAAUAGCAUUGCUGCCAAAGAUGGCCGAAUUCGAGAAGGGGAUCGUAUUUUGCAAAUAAAUGGGGAAGACGUCCAGAAUCGAGAAGAAGCAGUGGCGUUGCUGUCGAGCGAGGAGUGUAAGAGAAUCGUGUUGCUCGUCGCAAGGCCGGAGACUCAGCUGGAUGAAGGCUGGCUGGAAGAUGAAAGGAAUGAAUUCUUAGAGGAGUUAAACUUGGAGAUGCUGGAAGAACAGCAUAAUGAAGCAAUGCAGCGCACGGCCAAUGAGGUGGAGCAGCCAAAAAAACAAGAAGAAGAAGAGGGCACAACAGAUACAGCAACGUCCUCCUCUAACAACCACGAGAAAGACAGUGGGGUGGGGCGCACAGAUGAAAGCUUGCGGAACGAUGAGAGCUCAGAGCAGGAGAACGCAGCAGAGGAUCCCAACAGCACAUCCCUUAAGAGCAGGAGAGAGCUGGGAAAGAGCCAAGACACUCUAGGAAGCGUUGAACUUCAGUGCAAUGAGAGCUUCGCAUCUGGUGAAUACAUAGACUCAGACUGCAUUGGCAACCCAGAUGAGGAGUGUGAAAGGUUCCGACAGCUCUUGGAGCUCAAAUGCAAGAUUCGGAACCAUGGAGAAUAUGACCUGUAUUACUCGAGCAGCACAAUAGAAUGCCAUCAAGGGGAACAAGAGGGAGUGGAGCACGAACUACAGUUGCUUAACGAAGAACUGAGAAACAUUGAACUGGAGUGCCAGAAUAUCAUGCAGGCUCACAGGCUCCAGAAAGUGACAGACCAGUAUGGAGACAUCUGGGCUUUGCACGAUGGAGGGUUCCGGAAUUACAACACCAGCAUAGACAUGCAAAGGGGAAAGCUAGAUGACAUCAUCGAACACCCAGAAAAGUCAGACAAGGACAGUUCUAGCGCUUACAACACAGCUGAAAGCUGCAGAAGCACUCCACUCACUGUGGACCGUUCCCCUGACAGUUCCCUUCCAAGAAUGAUCAACCUCACCAAUAAGAAGAACCUGAGAAGCACAAUGGCCGCCAAUCAGUCUUCUUCCGGGCUGAGCAGUAAAGAGUCGACCUCCCCCAAAGCCAAAACCACUGAACCAGGUUGCAGCAUUGAAGGCAAGGAGAAGAUUUCAGAGAGCGGCAAGCUUUCUGAUCAGGAGCAAAGCAGCAGCGAACACAUCCCUUACCUCUCCCCUUACCACAGCUCCUCCUACAGAUAUGCAAACAUCCCGGCCCAUGCCCGCCAUUAUCAAAGCUACAUGCAGUUGAUUCAACAGAAAUCUGCAGUGGAGUAUGCGCAGAGUCAGCUGAGUUUAGUGAGCAUGUGCAAGGAGUCUCAGAAGUGUUCAGAGCCCAAGAUGGAAUGGAAGGUGAAAAUUAGGAGCGACGGGACGCGGUACAUAACAAAGAGACCGGUACGAGACCGGAUUCUGAGGGAACGUGCCUUAAAGAUCAAGGAGGAGCGCAGUGGCAUGACGACGGAUGAUGACACCAUGAGCGAGAUGAAAAUGGGCCGCUACUGGAGCAAAGAGGAAAGAAAGCAACACCUGGUUCGGGCCAAGGAGCAGCGUCGGCGCCGAGAGUUCAUGAUGCGGAGCCGGUUGGAGUGUCUCAAGGAGAGCCCCCAGAGCGGCAGCGAGGGCAGAAAGGAGAUCAACAUCAUUGAACUGAGCCACAAAAAGAUGAUGAAAAAAAGAAACAAGAAAAUUUUGGACAACUGGAUGACAAUCCAAGAACUGAUGACCCACGGGGCCAAGUCUCCUGAUGGCACACGAGUUCAUAAUGCCUUUUUGUCAGUCACCACCGUAUGACCGAAUGAACAGCGAUGCAACUGAUGUUAGGAGGGCGCUACCAGUUUGGGUAGAGUAUGAUUGCCUCGUUCAAUGCGGCGUUUUUAUAUAUAUUUUGCGACUCUUUAUAGUUUAAAGUUUUUGUAAGCAAAAAUACCUGGUAAUUUUUCAUUUGUUUUUCAUAUACUAGUACCUUCUUUUUUGGCUGAGAUCUUUCUUUAACUUGUGAUAUAUUCAUAUUACUCAUUUAUAUAUAUUAAAAAAAAAAACAAACACAAGGAAAGAAAACAAAAAACUUGAACAAAAAUACUGAGGAGCCAAUUAAUUUCCUACUUUAAUGUAUCUAUUGUAAGUUAAGAUCUGGAUUUAUUUCUCUAGUUUACUUAUUUUCUACUUUAAUAACAACUCAAUGCCAAAACAUUUCUAUGCUUGCUUCUUGGCAUAAUACGUAUGAAAUCAAACCUGUUAAUAAAUCAUGUGCCACAUCUUGUCUUACGCAUAAAAACCACCUCUUUUUAACACCCCGUUGUACAUUAACACAUCAAUGGCCGUUGUCUUUGUCUCAGUAAAGUGUAAGUGGACAAUCUUCCUGUGGUAUGUAGUGACAUUGGUCAUGUAGCUAGAUAAUUGUGGUAAUUGUGACAAUAAAAAAUAAAUUAUUGAUUAUCCUUAAGAAAAGCUAUCAAGGGGUGUUUUCAUUGUUCACUGUGGUUACCAGAUUUAAAUUAGUCAUAUAUGUAUACUAUUUAGAAGAGUCCUAAUUGUGGAUUAUAAAAUGUGUACAUUUUCUAUCACUUUCUUUUCCAAUAAAAUUGUCUCGA